AUGUCAUCAUCUUCAUCCGAUGGAGUCAAAGAAAGAUUGGACGAACUUUUCGACGAAAUCUUCGAAGAUACAUACGACGACAUAGUGGAGGCCCAAACCAGUAAGCACAGGAAACGGUAUAUAGAACGAAACCGUGAAGCGGGACACGACCGUUUAUGGAAUGACUACUUCAGCGAAGAUUCGACAUUCUCGACAUAUUUAUUCAGGCGCCGCUUCCGCAUGAACAAGGAAUUAUUCUUGCGUAUUGUCCAUGGCCUCUCAGAGAACGUUCCAUUCUUUCGACAAAGAAGAGAUGCAGCCGGGAGGUUUGGUCUUUCUCCACUUCAAAAAUGUACGGCUGCUAUUCGUCUCCUUACUUAUAGUUCUACGGCUGACACGGUUGACGAAUAUCUCCGACUUGGUGAAAGCACGGCACUUUCGUGUUUACACCAUUUCACUGACGGAAUAAUAGGGUUAUUUGGAGAAGAGUAUCUACAAAGACCCACACCAGAGGAUCUUCAACGACUACUCGAUAUUGGAGAGAAACGCAGGUUUCCUGGCAUGGUAGGAAGUAUGACUGCAUGCAUUGGGAGUGGAAGAAUUGUCCAACCGCUUGGAAAGGACAGUACCUUAAACGAUAUUAAUGUCCUCGAUCGAUCUCCUGUUGUUGAUGACAUUUUCCAAGGCCGAGCUCCCAGGUUAAAGUACGUGGUCAACAGAAACCUGUAUAAGUUGGCGUACUACCUCACAGAUGGUAUAUAUCCCAAAUGGUCAACAUUUAUCCAAUCUAUCUCGCACCCUCAAGGUCCUAAAGCAGAGUUAUUUGCUAGAAUUCAAGAAGCAACCCGAAAAGAUGUGGAACGGGCUUUUGGAGUAUUGCAAGCUUGA